AUGAAAGUUCCACUAGCUCAGUGGGAAGCUGUGUGUCUGAGUGUCCAAGCAGACUGGGAUGUUUUCUCUGCUGUCAAAGCCCUGAUGCACGUGUUCAUCUCAGACCUGCAGAAACCAAAACCGCAUCCCGCAUCCCGCAGUCUCGCUGACACUCACCAACACGUGCACGGCAGCUCGCGCGCUCGGGGCUCUACGGCAGCAGCUACAGCAGCGGCAGCAGCAGCAAGGUUGUCCCGCACAACACGAGCAAACGGCGCCCGGCUCGGGACAGACCCCGCAUCCUCUCACUGCAGCAUGGCAACAGAGUUUCAUAACCUCCAGGACAUGCAGCACACUGCGUCGCUGGUCACAAAGGUUUUCAUACAACGAGACUACAGCGAAGGAACAGUGUGCCGAUUUCAGACCAAGUUCCCCACAGAGCUCGACAACAGGAUAGAGAGAGCUCUGCUUGAGCAGACAGUAAAGACCCUGAACUCUUAUUAUGUGGAGGCUGAGAAAGUUGGCGGUCAGUCAUACCUGGAAGGAUGCCUGGCUUGUGCAACAGCAUACAUCGUCUUCCUCUGCAUGGAAACACGCUAUGAGAAGGUUUUGAAGAAGAUAUCAGGCUACAUCCAGGAGCAGAAUGAGAAGAUCUACGCUCCGAGAGGUCUGCUGCUCACAGACCCCAUAGAGAGAGGAAUGAGGGUUCUGGAGAUCAGCGUGUUUGAGGACCGGGGCUCAAGUGGCUCUAGUCCCAGCAGCAUGUCAUCGUGCAGCACUGCUCGGUGACUGGAGGAGCAGCACCAGGCUUACGGGUACCACCACAGAGGCAGCGGGACCCUCACCAACAUCCGCAUGUUGAAACAUGAGAGCACCAGGUUCUAAAGACAAACAGAAAGACGGAAAAUCCAAGGAGGUGAUCCACAACUUUCACACACUCUUCCUGUUGAGACCUUCGACUAACCACCAUUGGAGAAGGAUCUGGCUUGUAUAAAAGCUGUGGCUACUUAAAAUAAUCAACCUAAGUAAAACAAAACCCACAUAACAGCUUGUGACAAAAAGCAAAAUCCAGUGUCUAAGAAGAUAAAACCUUUACUUUUGAAAAGAAGUGAAUCAUUUUUGUUCCUUUUCAUCAUGUCUGUUUUAUGUCCUAACUUUGUCUGCAGGCUGACAUGAGUUUAGGCCUGUUAUCAGUGCAUGACUAGUGUCAUUUCACUGUCAUUGUUAUUCUGUGCUCAUUUAUAGUCAGGAUACUCAAAAGUCUGUGCAGCAGCACCAGCAUCUAAAAUGAGGAUAAGUUACUGAGCCCCAGGAGACACAGUGUUCUUGCAUUUGUUUCAGGUAGUUGAUGUCAAGUCACUUUGAAUGGUGGCAAAUGGGGCUUACCAAAGCCUCAGGCUUUGUUCAGAGGUAUUUGGCAUGAAUGUCAAACUAAGAACAGUGUGAUUUAUUUAUCUUUCUUAUUCAUCAGAGUAGAUUAAGUGAUCUGCAUCACAGCUGCAGGCCAUAUAUGCAGACAUAUUCACAUACCAUGCCCUAACAUUAGACGUACAGUAUAUGUAGUGAAGGGGACAUGUGUGCACAUGUAGUAUAUACAAUGAGACACAUACGUGUGCAGCAUGUGCUUAUGCUUUCCUGUCCACACAGAGAUUAUUCUAGAGUUUUGAUAUGACAAAGCCAGGAAAUAUGAUUUCAGCUUUCUGGGAACAUAUUCAGAGGUUUGGACUUUUUUUUUUUCGCUUUCUCUCUGGAUAAUAGUUUUGAUGUCUGGCAGUGUUUAUGAUUUUGAAUUCACUUGCAGUCUAGUGUGAGAUGAAAGCGUGCAGAUCUUAACACUGUCAAAAACCCUUUUCCCUAAACAUACUUACUGGCUUCCUAAGAAAGCUGAAAGAGAGUGGGCCGUUAUCAGGGAAGCUGGAGACUCUGCACUCAUUAAGCCGAGAAAUAUGUUUCUGUUUGAGAGCUGGAGCUCGCAGGAGAAUCGGCCCACACAGAGUUAAAGAACUAAACCUUAUUUAGCCUGUGUUCACGGCUGCUAUGUAGAUGCAGAUUGUGUUAAUAAUUCAAACACAACAGAAAGGCAAAAUGUAAAAAGUCUUGGAAUGCACUGCAUCCAACUGGCGCACUCAGAGAAGUAGAAAUGUGGAAAAAGAAAGUUCUGCCUCUCAUAUGGAAAACCAUCAAUCAUGGCUGUAUAGCAUCAUUAAGUGUGGCCAUAAUGUUGCAAAUAUUUUCAUAUUGACAGAGUAUCAACAUAAUCAUUUUGUUUGUCUAUGUUUAUCAUGUUGUGGUGUUUUUAGUGUUACUUCAGAAGCUGAUGCUGUUUUAUUUUGUUACUGAAUGUUCAGCAGUAAACUGACCACUGCAGAUCUGUGUUUUAAUUUAUUUCUGUGAAUAGGUUUACAUCUUUCAGCCCUUGGAUAACUGAUCUGAACCAGCGAGACAUUUAUACCACAAGAGUUUAGAUGUGCUUGGAUUUAGCCUCCUGUGCUUUGAUUUUUGAUGCCUUCAUGUUUCAUACUGGUGGAAUGGAUAUCCAACCUGGUGCUGAUGGACUGACCAAUUUAAAAGUGACUUAACACUGCCAAAAGGCACAUAAAGGAGCUUAUUGGACAAUGUAUAUUAAAAUGAGUAUAAACAAUCUGUGCAGGUAUGACAUUGUAGCUUUGAUUCUACACAUUUGUGAAUAGAAGAUAAUGAAUAUGUAAUACAAUAAUCCCAUUUCACUAGAUGUUAGUAAUUUGUUUCGUAUGUUCAUGAAGAAAAGGAGCAGUUAAAUGCUGGAUUGUUGUCAUUUGUUAGUUUUUAUUGAUUUAUCUAUAAAUCUAUUGAGUUUUGAUACUGUAACUAAUAAAGUUGACAGUACAAACAAGUUGGUGACAAUGAUUCUCAGGGAAACCUUUUAACAGGCCAAAUUUUAAAGGUCUUUAACGAGUGUAGCAACAUGGUGAUGGCCAUGUUACUCAGCUGGUUGCACAAGCUACAAUGGAGUCUCUGAAUGCAACUCCUCAGCCUAUGAUUAAUGUUUGCAUAGACCUAAUGUUGAACAAUUCAUUUUAUUUAGAUGUUUAGAAACAGGGUUUCAUCUUAAAGUAGCAUGUCAGUGGUAGAUUAGAGUUGGAGAAUCAUAAGUCUGACCAAAAACAAUCUUAUCUACUGAUAGAUUGUCAUAUAUAUUGUCAUAUAUAUUGAUC